AUGCUUCGCAAAUCGACGCUUUUUGACCUCCGUUUGGACGAUGGAACAAUGGAGUAUCUGGUGAUGUGGCUGGAUAAUACUGUGGCCGGCCUACGGCCGGACAAAUCUUUAUGUAUUUUCGUACGACUAGCUGUUUAACCAACUGAUUCUACUACAGCGAGGUUAUACGAACUAUGCAGUGCACAACAUUCUGCUUCCUACUCGCGCUUAUUAAGCGAUUGUGCGACCGGCACCCUGUCCCUCCACAAUGGUGGCUGUUUGAGUGAAUACUAUGCAAAUGCGUGUUUGAGUGCUGUGACACUUUUGGCGCGGACCUGGGAAGAAAAUGGUGUAACUGCGUGCUGGUGAAGACGGCCAGUGUUCCUUCCUCUCGCUAUCGCCGACAUUCCCCCCCCCCUCCAGCAAAGCAUUCUCGUUCUCGUCUCUCUCACGCUCAACGUCGACCCCCACCUCGGCCCUUCCCGCAGUUGCCCACAGCGCUGCAUCCCCACCGGCUGUUUAGCUAGUAUGUCAGGGUCACCUAUCCAUCCAGACAGGUUACCUAUUCGCUGUUCCUCGUUCCACGUGUACAUUAACGUUUGUUAUUACGCAUUCUACAUAUUCAUGUCGUUCUAUUACACUAUAUCCCACGUUUGACGUACUUCCUUCUUCUGUGUGGAUGAGUUUCGAGGCAUGCUAAAAGUUCUGCUCAGGUCUACCUCAGGCAGGAUCUCAUAUUAGCGUUUCUUUACUUGGGUGUGUGCUACCCUUGACGUCCUAGGCCGCUACACCACAACGGCUGACGGUUUAUUAAUAAGUCACUCAUGCUUGGUGGCCAACAGGACAUUACGUUUAAACGAGGGGUAGGAGGAGGUGGAGGCGUAAACAAGGAAGAAUUACGAAAGUUGCGUGAGCGUCUAACAGAGGCUAAUUAUUUAUAACGCGAGAACUUCCCGUACCUGGGCAGUACUCUUUCCUGCAACACCAAGAUCGACGACGAAGUCCCCAACAGGAUCUCGAAAGCCAGUCAAGCCUUCGGUCGCCUCCAAAGCACAGUUUGGAAUCGCUACGGUCUUCAGCUGAGCACGAAGCUGAAUAUGCACAAGGCCGUCAUCCUGCCGACACUACUGUAUGGAGCGGAGACUUGGACGGUUACGCAAAGCAGGCACGUCGUCUGAACCACUUCCACCUCAGUUGUCUUCGUCGCAUCCUGAGGCAAAAGUGGCAGGAUCGAAUCCUCGGCACUGAUGUGCUGGGACGGACAGGAAUCCUCAGCAUCUACGCCAUACUGAGGCAAAUUCAGCUGCGCUGGAGCGGCCACCUGGUGCGCAUGGACAACGAGCGACUACCCAAACGACUCUUCUACGGAGACGUCGUGACGGGUUCUCGCCGUCAAGGAGGUCAGAUUCGCCGUUACAAGGAUACCCUGAAGUCCUCCCUGAAACGCCUGCAAAUCAACCCCACCAACUGGGAGGAGCUCGCACUCGAUCGACCGACCGACCUGGAGGAGGACAGUGAAGACAGGCGCUGCGAUCUACGAAGCCAACCGCAUCGCUGCCGCCAAAGCGAAACGUGA